AUGAUAGAAAACCGGAACGAGUCAGAGUUGGAGGCCCACUUGAGACGAACUGUCAAACACACGGGGAACCUGUCUGGAACGAAGACGGCCCACGGCAUGGAUGAGCGCAUGUCCAAGGCGAAGGUCAGCGACAUCCUGUCUGAGAUCUUUAAGAAGAUCGGCUCCAAGGAGAACACUAAAGAGGGUCUGACGGAGCUCUACGAGUACAAGCAGAAGUACUCGGAUGCAGAUCUGGAGCCUUUCCUGAGGAACACGUCGCAGUUCUUCCAAAGCUACGUGGAGAGGGGCCUCCGGGUCAUCGAGUCCGAGAGAGAAGGAAAACCUCGGAUCCAAAGCGCAGCAGUGAUCCCUCAGCACGGCGUGGAGUCCAACCUGAGCAGCAGCAACGAGGAGCUGAAGCCCGCCGUCUACUAUGAGAGGCUGAAGAUCCUCCGACAGAGACAGGGCCUGGAGAACACGUCCAGGGUGGGUUCCUCCACCGGCAGAACCACACGGCUCUGCUUCCACUUCUUUCUGCUUCCUUUGUCUCCUUCCUUUCAUCUCUGCUGGUUCUGUCCCUCAUCAAAGGUCUCCAUCCAUCCGUCUCUGACCCUCU